GUCGGACUUGUGUUUCCGGUAAAUGCUCUCAGGCUACAAAGUAAAAAGUUAACGCGGAAGUUGAUUUUUGUAACUUUGGAGUGACAGAAACUUUUACAAACCUGUUGCUCGACACGAACAAAACCUGAGCGCUCCAUCAUGGCCACCCAUGAAGUUUAUUCCUCCACGACGGCGCCCAACCCAAACUCAUCUUGCUUCCUGGUACCCUCACCUCAUCUGGACAAAAAACGCUUCAUCCUCAAAAUCAUGGAAGUGCUGCUGUCCUUGGUGGCCUUCAUCCUGGAGGAGUUGGUGUACAGUUGCAUACACUGCAUGGCCCUGGAGUUCUUUGAGUUUGUCAGCUGCACGGCCUUCCUCUUCACCUUACUGCUCCUAAUCCUCCUUUCCACCACGCUGCACAAGAGGCUAGGAAUCUCCUGGUGGCCCCGCCUGGACUUUCUGUACACGGGCGCCGUGGCCUUCUUUUUCCUCCUGGCCUCAAUCGUGUUUGCUGCCAUCAACAGUAACACAUCCCUGGAGAAAAGCGCUGUGGUGUUUGGCUUCCUAGCAACGGCAGCGUUUGUGUGUGACUUGGUCUUGUUUUGGAAGACUUAUGGGCUUCCCUUCACCAAAGGUGAGAAGGCGGAGCCCAGUCAUAGCAGCGUGUCAGCGGUGGAAGCUCCUGCGGAGACGGAGAAGCUGAACACAGACGCCAAAGCAACAGAAUAAUGCUUGGUUUUGUUGUGUGUGCGUUUGAGGGUCAGACAUGUUGCAUGAUAGUUUGUUAGGCGGCACUGUAUCACCCUCAGCUUUUUCAACUCAAUGUACUACUGAGGUCUUCUGGCCAGCUGAGGGCACUACUCAGGAAACCAGAUGAACGGAUGAACAGAGAUCCACUAAAUAUGCAGCUUUCAAGUUUAUUGUUGGAAGAGUUUCAAAAGUAAACUUGACGUUGUGUCUUUUCAUGCUUUCUGUCAGCUUUCUGUCACUGUUGUGUAAGCAAACAAUCACAUAUACAAUGUCCUCACUGACUCCAAAUUAAAGCAAAACAAAUACAGAUCAGUCGUACAGUAGUAGUAAUAAAGAGUGUUGUUAUUCAUGAUGGAAUUGUACAAAUUGGAAAUUAGCAGUAUUUAAGACAGUGUUUCCUCAAAUGUUUAAAUGUCUUUAAAGGAUAAUUUCAAAUUUCAUAAAAAUAACCUUAGUAUUUGUUUCAGAAAUAUUUAAAACUCUUUUCAAAGCCUAACAACUUGAAGCGGUGUUUCUUAUGUCACUUUUUGUGUCAAAAUGCUGAGAUGUGUUUGUUUUCUUAGUUUUUAGUUAGUUUUUUAGUACGAAGUUAUGAUACAAAUGUGGUGGUUUUGUGCAAGAUAAGAAUAUCGUGUCCCGUCAUCAUGAACUUAACUUUCCCUGCUACACUGAUUUUAAAGCUUGUCACUAUUCAAAAGUUACAUUAAUAUUUUUGCAAUGAUGUGGCUGAUUUUUUUAUAUUUCCAAACAAUGUCAAUUUGAGGGGUAACAUUUAUUCAGAAUGUUCUACAUGAAAUGCUAAAUACAUUUUUGUGCAAGUGUAAUUAACGUAAUUGAAUUCAGAAAUGAAAAGUAUUCAUUUAAUAUCUCAGGUGUUAAUCUCUUAUUAAUGACAACAAAUAUGUUUUUUCAAUUUAAACGUAUGCCAUGAAAUUAUAUGGACUGCAAGUAUGAAACAAAAUAAUGUACUGUUUUACUGGGUCACGUUAUAAUGUAAUAUGAUGGACACAUUGUAUCAAGGUAGAGUGACUUUUUGAGCUGCAUAUGUAUAUUGUUCAUCUGUGUGGUCGAUUGUCAAAUAUUAAAAUGUUUUUAAUUUCCUGUA